UAUUUUAGUACGUGAUACAAAAACAUCGGAAGCUUCCCUCUCCAUUCUCUCUCCUCUCUCUAUGAAUCAGACAUUCAGAAUCUUCCUUCCUGUUCCUUUAUUCGGGAACGAAACCAAAACUCCCCACUUCUAACCCUAAUCCUAAACCUAGAAAAUGAAUACGCCGUACCAGCCAAAACCUUCAAAUCACAACGAAGAAGACGACCGCAAUCGUCGACUAUACAGCCCUUACCAGGAUCUCCAAGUCCCAAUCCAAACCCUAUAUAAGCUUCCGACCUCGCCGGAGUUCCUCUUCCAAGAGGAGUCCGUCGUUCAACGCCGUUCAUGGGGCGAGAACCUCACGUACUACACCGGUAUCGGUUACCUAUCCGGAGCAGUGGCCGGCGCUGGGAAGGGUCUAGUCGACGGCGUCAAGGCGUCGGAGCCCGGGGACACCGCGAAACUCCGGGUCAAUCGGAUCCUGAACGCGUCGGGACAAACGGGUCGGGUGUUCGGCAAUCGGUUUGGGAUUCUCGGGUUGUUAUAUGCGGGGAUGGAGAGUGGAAUGGUGGCGGUGAGGGACACGGACGACGUGGUGAAUAGUGUGGUGGCGGGGUUAGGGACCGGAGCUCUUUAUAGGGCGGCGGCUGGGCUGAGGUCCGCGGCGGUGGCCGGGGCGAUUGGGGGCGUGGUGGUUGGGUUGGCGGUGGCCGGGAAGCAAGCGGCGAAGAGAUACGUGCCGAUCUGAGGAGCUUGGGGAUCUCAAUGAAUAUUGUGAAUUGUACUGGAGAAACGGAAUGCCGUGCUGGAGAAAUGGAAUGCCUUGCAUUCAAGGUAAUUUUUCCAUCGGUGAUCUUUGUGAAUGUGGAGACCCCAGUAGGCAAUGGCGCCACCCCCCACCGGACGUCCUUCCCUUUUUGAAGAUCAAUUCCCCCUUCAAACACUCAAAUCUAAUGAAUUUAAUGACUGCUUCUUGAAAACUCAAGACAAUUGGAAUAGGAAGAUUAAUGUCAACUUUGAAGACAAUAACAAAGCAAAUGCUACUAAGGUGGAUUUGAGUGCUAUCUUGAUAAUAUAAAAAGAAGAGCAUGAGUUUGGAGUUUUUUCAUUGUGGAAGGAAAAUGAUAUAGUUGGACAAAAUAAGGGGUGAGGUUUUUGGAGGCUGCUUGUGAGUGCUGUAAAGGAAGUUGUUGUCUUGCUAUGGACGUUGAAUAUUUAAUGGUUUUGGGUGCCUAGAAUAUUCGAACUUUAACAAGCUACAAUAUUGAUAAGAGGAGAUGCAUUAUACUACUAGAGUUCAUUUGGAGUUACCCUUGGCUGAUAACUUGAGUGGUAUCUCCUACCACCCCUAAAGAGGGAGGUGCAUGUCUUAGUUCUCGGUUGGGACAAGGGUGAGUGGGUGUCAUGAAGAAAUGUUUGUUAGAAAUCCAUUGACACCAUGUACUUAUUUGAUAGCUUAAUUUCUUCUCUUGCUAGGUUUCUCUAAAGCUCUUCCUAAAUUUGUUGUUUUUGCUUUCCUCCAUGUUUUUACAUAUUUGUUGUUUGAAGAUGAAAUCUAUUCCUCACUUUUUUCAGUCAUUAUUUUCUACCAAUGAAGGCUC